CUUCAGAGCGCGUUCGCCACCUGGCAUCUCCCUCUUGGAUAUGGACGCGAUCGGCACGCUACUGCAAUGAGGUCUCAUGCAAUCGCUUAGUCUUACUACCACCAUCUGCUGUUUGAAUACCGUUUGGACGACGAUACCUUGGAUCAAACGCGUGAGACGAGCUUUGAACGCGUGAAGAACGAGCGGCAUGGAGUCGACCAGCGGUCGCCCUCCAUUGUUUGGGGAUGCAACAGACGUCGACCGCUACAAAGCAGAGUUUGCGAAUCUGACGACAUCGCUGAGUAAUCUAUUCGAUGGACUGUCGGCCAGAACUGCGGAUGCGGGCGAAAGAGAGGCACAACUGCAACGAGAGUUAGCGUUGUGGCGAGACAGCUAUAUGCGAGCGGAAAAGAAAAGCAGUGAAUUGGAAAUAGAGAUAAGGGAUCUCAAGCGUAAAGCAAGCUUCCAAAGUGCGGCAGGAGCCGAGUUUGCAGUGGUACUUAUUGAUGGCGAUGGUUUAAUUUUUCCGCGGCUCUAUUGGCUCAAGGUGCUGAAGGUGGUCGACUGGCUGCUCAGUCACUACGAGACCGCGUCCGACAAGCACUCAACAUGACUCAAUCGUCUCAUCCCGAAAUUCUUUUGAACGUAUACAUGAACAGACAAGGUCUUGGAGGCAUACUGGUUAAGAAUGGAAAGACUACUUGGCCGACGUUUGAAAAAUUCGUCGAAGGUUUCGUAACGGGCCACGAACUUAAUGCGAUCAUUGAUUGUGGGCGUGGAAAGGAGGCGACCGAUGCUAAGGUCAGAGCGAAUUUGCGCCUAUUUGCCGAUGUAUCAGCGUGCAAACUCAUAGUACUCGGCGCCUCCCACGAUAACGGUUACAGCUCAAUCCUACAUUCAUUAACAGCAGAAAACAAGCUUGACAAGAUCCUAAUACUUAAAGGCUACGACGUGCUUGCGCAGGAGCUCAGAGCGUUCCAGAAUCGUAUCGUGGAGAUUCCGGGACUGUUCAUGUCCGACAAAUUGCCGCCCUUCCAUCCUGGGAUGCUCAGUAUUCCCACUUCCAAGCCGACACCCCCACCCCCACAAGAUGAGCAGGAUAG